GUAGGUGGGUGGGAGGCAGGCAGGCAGGCAAGCGGAGGAGGCGGUCCUGGCUAUAGCUCUUGCUGGCUUUGUCAUAUCGCGGCUGCCUGCGGGAGCUUUCACCAUGCACACCUCGCCCUGCGCCGAUGAGAUGGGAGAUGCCCCCGCUGUUGACAUCGUGGACAUCUAUGAAUCGAUACGUGAACGGCAACGUCAUGACAGUGAAAGGUCUACUUGUAGUGCCUUGGAACAAAAUGACAUAGAAGCAGUUGAGGCACUUGUUUGUAUGAGCUCCUGGGGUCAAAGAUCACAGAAAGGAGACCUGUUAAAAAUAAGACCUCUUACACCUGUUUCGGAUUCAGGUGAUUUUGCAAUGCACACUGAACUCACAUCUGAGUUGCCCAAGGAUUAUAACUUUUUAUCCACACUGUGUAUGACACCACCAUAUAGUCCAGAUUUUGUUGAGCCUUCCACAACAGUGCUGCUCUCAUCCCAAGCGACUUAUUCAAAAUCUAGGGCAAUCAAAGCAAACACAUCAGCCUGCCUAAUCACUCCUCCAGGUUGUGCUCUUGCUGCACCCAAGCCAGCUGUCCUGAACAUGGGGAGAGAGUCUACCCAGAAGCCAGCAAGAGCUGAGCAACCUGUUCCUCAGCAUUGCAGAGCCAUGGCAACUAGUGUGAUCCGCCACACUGGCGACAGUUCCAGUUACUCCCGCAUUCCUGCUCUUCAAGUAAAAGCAGAAACAACGUCGGGCACCAGCGGUUCUGCAGAUGGACAGGAGGCGCAAGACCAGAGACAUCCCAGAGUUUUGCAGGACUGCAGGACUGACAGCUUACCUUGCGACGCUUUGCCAAUAUGUGAAUCAUAUUUGCACAACUCAAGUUGUUGUAGAGCUACCAGUAAAGGGCAUGAACUGCAGAGGCUUACUCCGCAGCAGACACCUUUCCCAAAGAAUUGUGAAAAGGAUCCACAGCAAAAGACCACCUCGCUGCUACCCUCCCCACUUUCAAAUCCCCACGUGAUCUGCCAAAUGAUCCCCUUGGAUGGACAAAGAGGUAUGGUUCCUGGCUUUCUAAAGCCCUCCACUCAGAUGGCAGCAACAGUCAAACCCAUCUUACCCCACACAGCCCCCGUUUCUCAGCCUGUUCUAAUGGGGCCUUCUAUGCCUCGGGGGACUGUUAUGUUGGUUCUUCCACAGACUGCUGUUGCUCAGGCACCUCCAUGCCAACAAACUGUGAUGUCUGUUGGGAAUACCAAGUUAUUGCCACUAGCCCCUGCCCCGGUUUUCAUUGCCUCUGGCCAAAGCAGUGCACCUUUAAUGGACUUUUCCCGGAGGAGAAACUAUAUUUGCAACUUUCCAGGCUGCAGGAAAACAUACUUCAAAAGCUCUCACCUCAAAGCUCAUCUGCGCACUCAUACUGGAGAGAAACCUUUCACCUGUAGCUGGGAAGGCUGCGAUAAGAAGUUUGCCCGCUCUGAUGAACUUUCUCGCCACCGCAGAACUCACACAGGAGAGAAGAAGUUUGCCUGCCCAGUCUGUGACCGCCGCUUCAUGCGUAGUGAUCACCUGACGAAACAUGCUCGCCGUCACAUGACCACAAAGAAAGUGCCCAGCUGGCAGACAGAAGUUGGCAAACUGAAUAGAAUUGCAACCAUGGAGAAGCCUAAAAGCGAGACUGCUCUGAGCAUGCUUCUGCCUAUGCUCUCUUCUGGCUAACAGGCGUAUUUGUGAAAACAAACAUUUCAUGAGGAACUUGAGUGGCUUCAAAAAACUGCUUUGACUUAUUUUUCUUUUUUAAUUUUCCAAGAAUGGUUGCAUUUAUAUUGGGGAGGGGAAAAAACUGUAAAGUCUUCUGUCCUGUCUCUCUUCUUCCCAAUCCGUUCAGUUUAAGCCCUAUUUAAAUGUUGUUACAUUUUAUUUCUGUCAGCCUUUUCUUUUCUCCAACGUUUUUAGGGCAUUCACCAGCACUUCAGGAAAGCAACAACAACACAUUUUUUUGGAUGGAGGGAAGUGUUGGCAAUAGACUCAUCUUUGUAAACAUAUCUUUUUGUUGAGUAACAGUGAUAGAUGAAAAGUGAAACAGGGUGACACCCUCUCCCUGCAUUUUAUACUAGUGUAUGUAUGUCAUAUCUGUUCUGCUGCUGUCUGACCUUGCAAUCAGCCUUUGAGAGGAGUGAUAUGCAAGUUCAGAGUGACAAUUGGGAUACUUUUUUUUAUAGUUCAAAUUGAAUUACAAUUUCAUUGUGAUUGAAUUCCAGCCUAACAACUGAAUCCACCUUGGGACUGCCUGCUGUGUCAAAUUUUAAAGCACUGACAAUAUUUCCCAUGUCUGAAUAUAGAUGCCUAAGUAUUGUAUGGGUGGUUGAUGCCUGAAAGUAGCUCAACACCAAGUUACAUGCAGCACUGACCACGUGUGGCCCUGGUGUAGUAACUCCACAUGGUUAACUACACAUUGAAAAGGUUUUAACCCAAGACACCAUUGCAUAUGUAUGUCACACCUGCUGGUAGUCGAUUGUUGACAUGCGAAUCCUGCACACGCAUGGAACAUCAGCCUUUUGAAGCUCUUAUAUGGGUUAGGGUGCAUUGGCAGGGCUGCGUAUCAUCACCACUGCAUUUAAAUCUACUCUUGAACAUGGGAUUCCACAGUACUGGUUGCAUCCCUGCUGCAGUCUGCUGGUCUGACUUGAGCUGGGCACAUGUGGUGGGCCUAGUUGCUAAGGAACUGUUCAUACUAUUUUGAAACAAAGGAGUGACUUCCUUGUUAGAGUGCCCCCUGUGUUUAUAAAUUGCAACAUGAAAAGUGCCCUUUUAAUCUGAGUGCUGGUAACUUUUAGAAGGGUUGGGGGCAGUUUGUCUUUCAAUUGGAAGUCCUGCCAAACAACAACUCUCAUAUCUCAUUGACUUCAGAGUGAAAGUUAAGCAUAUCCAUCAAGUUACCCCUUUUGACUUUAAUGGGAAAUUAAGUGCCUAGAUUUAGAUUAUCCCCUUGAUAUGUUAAUAACAAGUACAGUAUACUGAUGCUUAAAGGAAAUGCCCAACUACAUUUAGCUAUUCUUUUAACCUAAAUAAAGGGUAGGGGAUACAGUAUAUGAUUUCAAGUAAGAGUUAGCAUUUUUUUAAUCAUCCAAGCAAACAUUUGAACACUGAUCACAACCACAGACAGCCCCUUAAAUCUCACUUAUUCCGUAGCUAAGAGGAUAAACAAGGCAAACAAAGCAGUUGGACAUUCAGUAGCACUUAAUCAGUUGGAGCUCCCAUCUUGUCAUAGCUGCACUUUUAAAUAAAUGAGUGGAAUUUGUAAUAGAAUACUGCUGACUAGUAAUAAAUUGUUCCAGAUCAACAAUUAUUGGUUUCUUUCAAAACUGACCUGAACGUUCUUAGUUUUGGAAAUAAUGGCCUCCUUUUUCCAUAGUUGGAUUCCAUAGUUCCAGUGUUGUAAACCGCCCAGAGAGCUUUGGCUAUGGGGCGGUAUACAAAUGCAAUCGAUCAAUCAAACAAUAGCACAUUGGAUGAGUAAAAUGAAAGGAUGGCUGGUGGUAAAGCUGCUGUUUCUUGUCUUUUGGAGAGCUCACUGAGGGAACUAAAAUAUGGGACACCAGUGGAACAUUCAGGUCCCAUCUCUAAUGAUUUGCUCAGUUGUGCAUACAUAUAUUUAAUCAAGUUGAGAUAAUUGUUCCAAUGAUUAUGUGAAAGCAUGAUCAGAUGUAUAUGUGUGUGUGGAGUAAGUCAUAUGACAUUUCAUUGGUAUUUGAAAGACCUCUAAUAGAUAGACCUCUUAUAGUUGGUGUAUCAAUCUGAUCCUUUUAUUGCUAAGCCAAGAUUGCUGUGCAUUCAUCUAUUUAUUUUGGAGCCAUCGGAUAAUAUUUCCACGUAUGAUGGGAGUUUACUGAAAAUAUGUUUGAAAUAAGUGCUUUGAGAACUGCAGUUAUAAAAAAAAGUGUGCCAAUGUAUCUACCAUCAAUUUUAGACUAAUGUCUAGAGCAGAGAUGCAGAACCUGUGGCCCUUGCAAUGUUGUUGGACUCCCAGCUCCGAUCACCUAUAAGCCCCAACCUACCUGAUCAAUCAUUGGGGAUGAUGGGCGUUGUAGUACAAAAACAUCCCCAUCCUUGAUUUGGGCAAUGCUGAUGUAUAGGCUUGCCAGUAUAUUUACUGGCUCUGCUUCUGUGCCUCUAGCAGAAGCCUGAUCUGCAGACAUUUAGGAAGUAAAGCUUAUCCUAUCACUUCUUCAACAUGCCCGAAGUGCUUUCCCUACUAAAUUUCUGCAAGUUGGGCUGCUGUUAAAGGCAUAGGAUCUCAGCCAGAAAACAACUACUAAUAACUGACAACCCUACUGGCAUAACAUCAUGGUUUGAGAGAGCGCAGAGCCACUUCAGUCAGUAUACCCAUAUUAAGUGUUUAUCUGCCUGUUGGUUUACUAUUGAAGGUAUUAACUUUGAUGAAGUUGAACAUAACAGAAGCAUCCGUUUCUCUUAUAAAAAUAAAACAGCAGCCAUUAUUAUGAAUAUAAGAAUUAAACAUUGCCUUAAGUUGAUCAGAAUCUUUCAUCCUGGCCUAUAUUCUCAAUUCAAGUACAUUGUAAGCAGGCUUCCUUUGAAAUGAGAUUAGACUAGGCUAUCGUAUUUUGUGACCUGCCAAUAUAUUAUGGCUUCCCAAGUCUAUCAAACGGAUGUCAAGAACAGGAAGUUUCUUGAGCCCCUAGUAGACUGUUCUACAGGGUGGGUGGGAUGCAUUGAUGGAUCACUAGUUAUGCAUGCCUGGGAUGUUAUCCAAAUUGCACCUUAGUAUGUAUGUGUGUGUUUGAUUUACUCUUACUAUAAAUAAUAAACUUUAUUUGGCAUUUCAAGAGCCAGCAAAUCUGUGGUCCUCUGAAACAUGUCAGUAGGUACAAGGUGAGUGUAGAUAGUUUAUUCGCUUUAUGCUCGCCUGAUGGAACAAAAAUGAAUAUUACACACAUUCAGUGUUUGCCUAUAAGAAGGCAGGCUAAAUGUAAAAAAUGCAACAACUUGAUUAGUUGGAAACCAUGGUCUCUUCCUCUUUCUGUACAGUAUGCAGGUGCAAGAAUCCAUUUUUCUCUGGUGCAAUUCCACUGAAAUUUGUCAAAUGUUGCCUGAAAUCACAAUAUUUCCCUUUUAUAAUCGAGAGACUUUUAAAAAAGUUUCCCAAUUUUUUUUUCCUGAUUCUGAUUAUUACCUGACUUAGAAUUAUGGGGGUUUAUGUUUGGUGUAGUGAAAUAUUGUGCCUCCUAUUUUAUAAACCUUGUUUUGUCUUCUGUUCAUUUUAUUGUGGGAUUCCUGUAUUUGUGUGUAUAUGCAAAUAUUGUUUGUAUUUCUCCAAGGGCUGCAUUGUAA